AAACCCUUGCGCUUGCGCGCAAAGCAGCCGGGAGCUGUCCUAGUGCUGAACUGAAGAAAAGGCGUUCCUUCCUUCCUCUCCUGUUUCUUUGACAUUCCCCCCACCUGGAAAACGAGGUAACACCGGUCUCAACAACAGGGAACCUUUUACCAAACCCCAAACCAGCGCCAAAGGAGAGCUGCGUCCUGGAGUUAACAGCUCCUCGACGGCUGAACGCAUGGGACUCAUGUCUCCUCGCACCUCCGCUCCUCCGACCUACAUGGGUUUUUUUUGGGAGUCAUAGUUUCGGGAAACUAAACUAUGAUCCGCUGCUGCGUUGAGGAAUGUCUCCAGCAUUUUUGUGUGGCACAAGGCAGCCGAAGCGUCAUCGACUUGGUCAAGAAGAAAGCGAGAUCCCUGUUUGGAUAAUGUGUUUGACUGAUGUAAACAUAUGGAAGAAAUAGAAAAGUGAGCACAUGGGGAAACCACCAGGAAUGAAUCACUCCUUCAUUAAGGUUUUGGCAGCUUUAUUUGCAUGCGUCCUGGAGGCAAACAACUUCGGAGUGGAUGCCAAGGAGCACGAAUCCAGAUCAUCCUCCAACAUGUCUCCAUCAGACUUCCUGGAUUCACUCAUGGGUCGCACGUCCGGGUAUGAUGCACGAAUAAGACCGAAUUUCAAAGGUCCCCCUGUAAACGUUACAUGCAAUAUUUUUAUCAACAGCUUCGGCUCUGUCACAGAGACAACUAUGGUGAGUUCCUCCGGCAUUUUGCUUGAUUUCUGCCUGAUGCUAUGUGUCAAUGUGUUAUCUAUCCCCCAACCCGCAGGUCCACCAGUUAAUGUUACCUGCAACAUAUUUAUCAACAGCUUUGGUUCUAUAGCAGAAACGACAAUGGAUUACAGAGUCAAUAUCUUCCUGCGGCAGAAGUGGAAUGACCCUCGGCUGGCGUACAGCAAAUACCCAGACUCCUCCCUAGACCUGGACCCGUCCAUGCUGGACUCCAUAUGGAAGCCCGACCUCUUCUUUGCCAACGAGAAGGGAGCCAACUUCCAUGAUGUCACCACUGACAACAAGCUGCUGCGCAUCUUCAAGGAUGGUACCGUCCUCUACAGUAUCAGGUUGACUCUCAUUCUCUCGUGCCCGAUGGACCUGAAGAACUUUCCCAUGGACGUUCAGACUUGCACCAUGCAGCUGGAGAGCUUUGGCUACACCAUGAACGACCUGAUCUUUGAGUGGCUGGAGAACGGCGCCGUGCAGGUGUCGGACGGACUCACUCUGCCGCAGUUCAUCAUGAGGGAGGAGAAGGAACUGGGAUACUGCACCAAACACUACAACACUGGUAAAUUCACCUGCAUUGAAGUGAAAUUCCACCUGGAGCGCCAGAUGGGCUACUACCUGAUCCAGAUGUACAUCCCCUCCCUCCUCAUCGUCAUCCUCUCCUGGGUGUCUUUUUGGAUCAAUAUGGACGCUGCCCCUGCCAGAGUGGCGCUGGGCAUCACCACCGUGCUAACCAUGACCACCCAAAGCUCCGGAUCAAGAGCUUCUCUUCCAAAGGUCUCUUAUGUGAAAGCCAUUGACAUCUGGAUGGCUGUGUGUCUGCUCUUUGUAUUUUCUGCACUGCUAGAAUAUGCCGGGGUUAAUUUUGUCUCCAGGCAACAGAAAGAAUUCCUCCGCCUGAGGCGAAGACAAAGACGGAAUCACAAGGACGAUGACAUGCGUGAGGGCCGCUUUAACUUUGCUGGCUACAACAUGAGCCAGUGUCUGCCCACCAAGGACGGCUCGGCCGUGAAGAAUGCGGCCCCCGCCGCGACCCCGCAGCCGCCAGGCCCCAAGGACAUAGAAACCAUGAAGAAAAAGUUUGUGGACCGGGCCAAGAGGAUAGACACCAUCUCCAGAGCCGCCUUCCCGCUGGCCUUCCUCAUCUUCAACGUCUUCUACUGGGUCACCUACAAGAUCAUCCGGCACGAAGACAUCCACCAAAAAUAAGGACUUUGCACCCAAACUGGGACGAUGUACUUCUCAUUUUUCUCAGACUUGAGGGAUGCUGGGGAGGCACUGGGGGGGAAAAGGUGAAGGUGAGAAACUAUUACGCGGCGAUAAGGGUGGUGAUCUUUCAGGGAUAAUGUACAAUGUUCAUGCAUCAAACACUAAAUGCUCAUGUGCUGAUAAUGUGAAGAUUGCUUUAUUUGUUCUUGUACUGCUUUUUCUAAAGAAUCUGCAAAUGGAAAAACAGUUUUAACUCGAGACUUAGUAAACGCUGGGGAAGAUGGACCCAAAUCGAUCCUCCUCGGUUCUGCGCAGCCGCAGAGCGAAGGCGCAUCCCAGUGGAUCCGUGACAGCGCGGUAGCUUAGACCCUCAGACUUUUUGUGACAGGAAAAUUUCCUAUCGAGGUUGUUCUGACUGUUUUUUUUAGGGUACUAUCGUCAUGAAAAAAAGGAAAAAAACAGACAAAAAAACAACAACAAUUUCAGAACUUUAAAAGCAGAGCACAUCCAUGUGAACAAAGCUGAUGAAAACCUGGAAUCGGGAAUUGGAUAAUGCAUUUUUAUGAAAUACCUGAGGCCUUAGAUAUCAAAGAUUUGAUGAGACUAAGUGCUCCGUCUAUUUUUUCAAGCGUCUCCUCUUGUUGGCCAGACUUCCAAAGGUACUUUGUGAUGUUCUUUCCUCUUUUUUUCUCUCUCUCCUCUAAAUUAAUUAUAAAUACUCACCGAUAAUUGAUGUCACCUGAAGUCACUGUAUUUUUUUUUUUUUUAUUGUUCUAGUGUUUAACUUUGCUUUUUGUUCUGAAAUGAGUUCAUGAUUAAUUUAAUUCACAGGCUGGUGUCGAGCAACUGUAUAGGUGAGCCCACGGAUUAUUGAUUGUGCACUUAAUUGUCGAGUGUUGUCAUUUGCCUGCAUCCACAUGGAUUUAUUUAUAUCCCAGGUAACUUACUCCAGGUAUACUAGGCAGGGUUUCAGAAUUUGAGACUUUGUUUUUUUCGUAGAUUUAGUCUAAAAUUGAUUAUUUGUUGUAAUAGGUGGGAGGUCAUGUUUCUAAAAUGAGAAUAUCUUUCUGUAAACUUCUUCAGCUUCCACCGUGGACUGUUUUUCCUUCACUUUGUGUGUUUGUAAAUGGACUCGGCAGCGAGGGAGCAAUCUGCGUGACUUUCCUGGUACUGAGCAGCUAAAUGGGAAUUGCACUCCUGAUAUACUGUGGUGAAAAACUCUUUUCUUGAAUGCUAGUUGUGAAAAAAAAAAAAGAUUAUUUAUUGGCCUGUUAGAUCUAUAAAAUUGAUUGUGCACUAUAUUCACUUUACCUCUCCUCUUAUUUAUAAGGACGUGAGUAUUCUGUUCACUGCUGGUUCUCUCCAGACGUGGAUGGUUCUCAAGGAAAACAAAAAAAGUGAGAUAUACAAACAUAAAAUUUCAUUUCUUUCAUCUUUUUGCCUCUGACUGCAAAUCAGAUCAAGGGAGAUGACAAACGCCGUCUAUUCUCCACCCUGAGCCGAUAAGUCUGGGUGGUGACACGAGCCGUGUAUCGCUGGGUGGCCCGUGGGUGACACAGAUGUGAUCUGACAUGGC